AUGUAUGGACUGCUCCCUAGAUGUCAACAAGAGCUCAAAUAUAGGCUAGCAAGGAGGUGUCAGAGUGUAUGUGAAGGCAUCCCAAAGCAGGGAAAGUCUACUUUUCUGGAGAAGAUCUACACAGAGCUCUACAUCACAGAAGGGGAAAGUGUAGAGGUGAAUACUGAACAUGAAGUCAGACAGAUUGAGAUGGUAUCCAAGAGUCAAGUAUCAAAGGAGGAAAAAGCAAUCAAAUAUACGGACAUCUUCAAGCCCUUACCUGGACAGGACAAACCCAUCAGAACUGUGCUUACAAAGGGAGUGGCUGGCAUUGGAAAAACAGUCUCUGUGCAGAAGUUUAUUCUGGACUGGACUGAAGACAAAGCAAAUCAAAAUAUCCAUUUCAUAUUUCCUCUUCCUUUUCGGGAGUUGAAUCUGAUGAAAGACAAAAACUUCACCCUUUUGGACUUCAUUCAUCAUUUCUUCACUGAAACAAAAGACUUUGCCUUCUCCAACAAGGACCGAUACAACAUUGCCUUUAUCUUUGAUGGUCUGGAUGAAAGCAGACUUCCUCUGGAUUUCCAGCAUAAUGAAUGCAUCUACAGCAUAACAGAAUCUGCCUCUGUGGAUGUCCUUCUCACAAACCUGAUCCAGGGGAAUCUGCUUCCCUCUGCUCUUGUUUGGAUCACCUCCCGACCAGCAGCAGCCAAUCAAAUCCCUCCAGAGUGUGUGAAUCAGGUAACAGAAGUCCGUGGUUUCAGUGACCCACAGAAGGAGCAGUACUUCAGGAAGAAAAUCACAGAAGAGGAGCUGGCAAACAGAAUCAUCACACACCUGAAGUCCUCCCGGAGCCUCUACAUCAUGUGCCACAUUCCAGUCUUCUGUUGGAUGGCAGCCAUUGUUCUGGAGAGCAUCAUGACUGAAGCAGAGAGUGGAGAGAUUCCAAACUCUUUGACUCAAAUGUACACACACUUCCUGAUCAUACAAUCCAAACAUAGGAGUCAGAAGUAUGAAAACAUGUGGAACCAGAAGACCAUUCUGUCACUGGGGAAACUGGCUUUUCAACAGCUGCAGAAGGGCAAUCUGAUCUUCUAUGAUGAGGACAUGAAAGAGUGUGGUAUAGAUGUCAGACAAGCAUCAGUGUACUCAGGAGUGUGCACUCAGAUCUUCAGAGAGGAGGCUGGGCUGUACCAGGGGAAAGUGUUUUGCUUUGUUCAUCUGAGCAUUCAGGAGUUUCUAGCAGCUCUAUAUGUGUUCCUCAAAUUCCAGAACACAGGGAUCAACAUACUGGAUCAACAGCCAAGAGCUGUUAUUUCAUUUCAGAAGACUAACAAUGAAAACAUCAAUGAGCUAUACAAGACUGCAGUGGAUCUGACAUUAAACAGUGAGAAUGGACACCUGGAUCUUUUCCUGAGGUUUCUUCUGGGUCUCUCAUUGGAGUCCAAUCAGAAACACUUACAAGACCUGCAGCCAAGGUCAGGAAGCAGCUCAUUACACACAGAGGAAACAGUCAAGUACAUCAAGGAGAAGAUCAGAGAAACCACCAGCCCAGAGAGAUGCAUCAACCUGUUCCACUGCCUGAGUGAACUGAACGACCACUCUCUGGUGGAGGAGGUCAAGGGCUACUUGAGGAAGGACAACAAACCCAGAGAGAAUCUCUCUCUUUCCCAGCUGUCAGCUCUGGCUUUUGUGCUGCUGAUGUCAGACCAGGAACUGGAGGAGUUUAACCUGCAGGAUUAUGGGGGAUGGUGUUCACCUGCCGGAUCAGAUGCAGGUCUGCUGAGGAUGCUGCCAGUGGUCAAAGCAUCUAAAAGAGUCCAGCUGCAGGAUUGUUCCCUCACAGUGGAGAGCUGUGCAGCUUUAUCUUCAGCUCUCAGAUCAAACUCUUCCAGUCUGAGACAGCUGCACCUGAGUGACAAUAAUGUGGGAAAUUCAGGAGUGGAGCUGCUUUCUACUGGUCUGGAGCAUCCAAACUGUAGACUGGAGACAAUGGAGCUGCGGGGUUGUUCCCUCACAGUGAAGAGCUGUGCAGCUUUAUCUUCAGCUCUCAGAUCAAACUCUUCCAGUCUGAGACAGCUGCACCUGAGUAGGAAUAAUGUGGGAGAUUCAGGAGUGGAGCUGCUUUCUACUGGUCUGGAGCAUCCAAACUGUAGACUGGAGACACUGGGGCUGUUGGGUUGUUCCCUCACAGUGGAGAGCUGUGCAGCUUUAUCUUCAGCUCUCAGAUCAAACUCUUCCAGUCUGAGACAGCUGCACCUGAGUAACAAUAAUGUGGGAGAUUCAGGAGUGGAGCUGCUUUCUACUGGUCUGGAGCAUCCAAACUGUAGACUGGAGAAACUGAGGCUGUUGGGUUGUUCCCUCACAGUGGAGAGCUGUGCAGCUUUAUCUUCAGCUCUCAGAUCAAACUCUUCCAGUCUGAGACAGCUGCACCUGAGUAACAAUAAUGUGGGAGAUUCAGGAGUGGAGCUGCUUUCUACUGGUCUGGAGCAUCCAAACUGUAGACUGGAGAAACUGAGGCUGAGGGGUUGUUCCCUCACAGUGAAGAGCUGUGCAGCUUUAUCUUCAGCUCUCAGAUCAAACUCUUCCAGUCUGAGACAGCUGAACCUGAGUGGCAAUAAUGUGGGAGAUUCAGGAGUGGAGCUGCUUUCUACUGGUCUGAAGCAUCCAAACUGUAGACUGGAG